UCUUCCAAAUUAAAAUUUCGGAUUCGCGGGAAGUAAUUGAUGAACAGAGAAAAGACACUAAAUUUUACGUUGUUUCAAACAAUUAAUGAGACGACAUGCCGAAGAAACAAGUUAAAAAUGCUUUUUAUUUCUAUAUGAAAGAACUCGAACCACAGCUGAAGCGGGAAGGUCGAGUUUUCCCUCAUGGAAUGGCAGAUAUUGUUCCCAUUGCUCAUCCACGAUGGAAGAUUUUACCAGAAAAAGAAAAAGAACGAUUUGAAAAAAUAUCUAAAGAGUACAAGGCGAAAAUGAGAGGAGCAGAAGGAGAUAAAUACAGACAGGAUAACACCAGGACAUUGCUAUCUGAAAGAAGAGAUGAGUUUGCAGAAUUACAGAAGAGAAGAACGAAAGAAAGGAAUUGUGUAAAAUCACAAUGGCCAACAGGAAAAUUAUUGGCAAGUGAAAAGUUUUACCUACUGAACAUACAGACAUUGUGUAAGACAGAUGAUGGAGAUUAUCUCCCCUGUGAGAUUGGUGCUAUUGAAUACAGCAUUAAAUCAGGGAUAACCAAGACACUUCAUAGAUUCAUUGAGCCAGGAAGAAUUCCUACUGGGUACAGAUAUGAGUGCAAGAGUAAAAGUGAGGACACCCAUAAAAUUCCUAUCGAGAGAUUUGAAAAGUCUGAUGCUAAUUAUCGUGGACUUUGGAUUCAGUUGGAAAACUUUGUAAAUCCAAAUGGUGAAAAACCAGAGUAUCCUCCCUUUUAUUGUAUGGGAACAGAUGUUGAAGAACUAGAAUAUUGUUUAAACUGGGUCCAUGAUAAAGCUUGUUUAGGAUAUGCCAAUAGACUGAGGAGGGUAUAUAAUUUAGAGGGACUAGUUCAGGAUUUAUUUGGACAUAUAGGACAUUCUGUGUCAGAAACACAAGUGAUAGAUUUAAUGACAGCACAUACAUGGGAUUUUGAACCAAAAACCAGGUGUGACUUCCAUGAAGAGUUAGAGUGUAAAUUUUGCUCCCUUGGCUUAGUUAACAGAUAUGCAUAUGCCAUUUCUGAUAGUGUGUGUCCAUUGUAUGGUGUUCAGAUAACACCAAAACAUCUGCCAAUACGUGAAGAAGGUUCAGUAUCAUGUGUGGUGUUACCUCCUUCCUCCAUGAAAAUAGAUAUGAACCAACAAGCCAGAAUGCCAUCGAGAAGACCCAUGAAUGACAAUAGACCUCCACAGCAACAGACAUUUCAACCUGCUCCUACAAAUAGAUAUGCCCCAACGUUAAACAGAGGUGGUGACAGUGAUGACGAUGAUGAUGACGAAGAUGAUGAAGAAUAUACCUCAUUAAGGCGACCACAUAAUCCAGCCUACACAGGAAUGGGUGGGACACCCGGAGGAGCAGGAAGAGGCCUAGCAUCCUUAGCACCAUGGUCUGGUGUACCUGUUAGACCUCAGACAACCCCUAAUAUUAUAGACCAAAAUAGUUUUCCUUCUCUUGGUGGCAGUCAGCCAAAUAUGGCACCUCCUGGUCUGUCUGGCAUUGGUCGAGGCAAUCCCAUAGCUGGUAUUGGACGUGGUGCACCAGUAGCUCAAAUUAUUAAUACAGAUCAGAAGUUUGCAGGACGUGCCAUGGCUCCAGAGCCAACCUUUGCCCCACCACCACCUGCUUCAUGGCAGAAAGAUGUCAAAGAACCACAAAAAAUAACAAUGGCUGACAUAUCAAGAGGAUUACAGCAGUCAAGUGUUGCCCCAGAAAGAAAUGGACAAUCUGGGGUUAACCUGUCUCAAUUCCAGGAUAGAAUGGUACAGUCCAUGCAGUAUAAUGGGAGUGUCCCAACAUUCCCAACAUCUGUUCAUCAGCAGCAGAGGAGCCAGUCAAAUGUCCAGGGAGGAAUGAUGGGACAGUUUCAGGGCAUUCUGGGUAAUCUGCAGAAAGAUAAAAAGUUACCAAUGGGAAGAGGAUAUGCACCGCCUGGUGCUGGAGAUAUAUCUCAAAUGGUUGGACAGAUGAAGAUCCAAAAUUAGUGCAAUCUGAUACAGGAAGAACAGACGUCGGAGGGCUGACUGUGAUGUAAGGAUAGUGCUGUGAUAGUGCUCAACAGACAGUUUUAUGUAAACAUGACAAUUGCUAUAGAUUGUGAAGUUCUAGUCAUUAUAUGGCUUUUUUUAAUACUCUGAAGGGAAUACGGUUCAUCAGUAUUGUAAUGUGCCAAGAGGGAUGUGAAUGGUUAAAAUAUCUUAAAACAUAAAACGCUUAUUUCAUAUUGUAAUUAUGAUAAAGUCUAUUGAAGAUGAGAUUGAGAUUUAAUUUUUAAAUCAGUUUCACCCAUGUAUGUAUGUAGUUCAGGUUUCAAAUGUUCAGGUUUCAAAUAUGAUGUAUGAAGUUAAGGUCUUCUGGAGUAUAUACACUGUAUGAUGUUUUAUAUGAUUAGAUAAAAUAACAUUUCAGUAUUAGUUGAUUUUAAUUCCAGUUAAAAAUAUAAUAAAACUUGGAUGUCUUAAGAAGUCCAACACUACGCAAUUUGAUAAAGGGGCAUUUCUUUCUUUUUUCCAGUGAAAAAGUUUUGAAGCAGGUCUAAUGUUAUAAUGGUACACUGUUUAUAUUUCAGUUCUUAAAGUGGCUUUUUUAAUAAUUUUUUUUCAGUUUCUUUACAUUUAGAUUUUUUUCUUGUUAAGUUUCUUUUGUAUUCAGAUGUAAUACAUUUAAAUAAAUCACGAUUUGCAAA